CAAAUAUGAAUGCUUUGAUGGUGCAAUAAAUUUUGAAUCUGAUUUAAAUUUAAUUGAUGCUAGUAAAUUUAGACAAGUUCCAGAUAAUCAGGAAGUCUUCAUAGGUAAAGAUAGUGAGGUUUCUGUCAUAGUUGAAGUAUUGGAACACGUUAAGGAAGCUAAAACAGAUGAAGAAGCAGCAAAAUUUCACUUUGAUUCAUUAGCAUACGACAACGACUGCGAGGAUUACAGUAUAGAUCAGCCAAUUGAACAUCUACCAGGGGAUAAGAUAUUCAUCGUUGGUGAACAAAAGAUAACGAAAAAUGAUGAAGAUCAGAAAAUAAAAAUUGCUUUAGCUGUUAUUAGAAUCCAAGACAAAUACGAUUUAGUGAUUAGCGUUAACAAUUUUGACUUUAGAAAUAAAAAUAUUAUAGAAAGUAUUGUGAUAAAGGAUUAUUCACUUUUCUACCUUUAAUACGUCAAUGUCAUCAUCGAAAGAACAGCGUGAGGAAAUACCUGCUAUUCCAAAUAGCGGCGUAAUAUCCUUAUCAACAGUAUUAAGAAGAUUAGAAUCUACUACUGCUAGAUUGGAAGAUAUUGUAUUCAGCCAGCAGCAAGCCAACAAAGUAAUUGCUAAUCCACAGCAAGAAACUCCUCAUGAAACUGUCCACCACGCAGAGCCAACGACUGCUGCCGUGGUAGAAAAGUUACCAGUUUUUUUGGAAGACUACAACUCAUUAAUUGAUACGCUAGUCAAGCCAUUUGUUGAGUUAAGCGGGCAAUACAACAGUGAACUCUUGAAAUCUAAAGCUCAUUCUUUGGAAGCACUUCUUGUGAAAUCCUAUGAUCUAGUUUUAAAAGUCUCCACAAACACCAAAGAGCCAACCGACAACGCCGCAUUCAGUGAACAUAUACAACCACUUAUGGAUUUAUUCACCGAUUUGUCUAACUCAGCUGACUCGAAUGAAGCUAGAAAAAGCGAGCACUUCCAGCAACUGAAAAUUUUGUCAGAAGCUACACCUGCAUUCGGUUGGUUCACAAUGAAAGACAAGCCAUUCAACUUUAUUCAAGAAAUCAAAGACUCCACGCAAUUUUACACAAACAGAUUAAUUAAGGACAAAAAUGAGUUGAACUUGCUAUGGGUACAGGGUCUUUUACGUCUUCUCGAUGAGUUAUCAAAGUAUGUGAAGAAGCACCACUUCAAUGGCUUGGCGUGGAACAACAAGGGCGCGUCCUUCGAGGAAUUUGUCAAACAAGGUGAUCAACAGGAAUCUUCACAGCCUAAGUCAGCUCCAGCCACUUCAGCACCGCCACCACCGCCACCACCAGCUCCAGCUCCAGCCCCAGUUGCACAACAGCAAGCGACGCCUGCUGCUCCAGCAGCAGCAAACCCUGAGGCUGUAUUCGCUGAGCUCAAUAAGGGGUCAGAUAUCACAAAGGGAUUACGUAAAGUCGAUAAAUCUCAAAUGAAUCACAAAAACCCAGAGCUCGCAGCAAAGAAAGCUGUACCAUCUUUACCUGCCAAGCCAAAAGCUUUGACACGUUCACCUUCCUCACAAACAACUAUUACUCAAAAACAAGCUAAAUUGGAGUUAGACGGACAAAAGUGGUUCAUUGAGAACCAUACUGGUAACAACAAUAUCGUAAUCGAGGAUACUAAACUCACUCAAACUGUUAACAUCUUUAACUGCAAGAACUCAGUUAUUCAAGUUAAAGGGAAAGUAAACGCUGUCAACCUUGUUGGCUGUCAUAAAACUUCAGUUUUACUUGAGAACUUAGUUUCUAGUUUAAGUAUAACCACAUCACCAAACUUUACUGUUCAAAUACUCGGUUUGGCUCCUACUGUCACGGUUGACAACACCGAUGUUGGUCAAAUAUACCUCAGCAAGCAAUGUCUUGAGUCAGACACAGAGAUUAUUACAGCAAAGACUUCAUCAAUCAAUAUAAGCGUUCCACAAGGUGAUGAUGGCGACUUUGUUGAAAAGCCAAUACCGGAACAACUCAAGACUAUCGUUAAAGAUGGUAGAUUACAAACUACCGUCGUUGAACAUUCAGGAUAAGAAGAGAGACGGGGUAUACCAAUUAAAAACUAUUAAUUUCUUUUCUAUAAAAAUAAAUAAAAAUACAUAAUAUCUUUCCAACACGCUUAGAAUCUUGGUUUACGCUUUCUACCAGUGUAUUUACUAUCGAAUGGUACAGCUUCCUUACCCUUGCUUCUUUGGAGGUCUUUUUUAUGUUGGAUAUACUCCUUUGCUGAAUGUUUGACGUUCUUACGAGUUGGGCGAUGCUUUAGUGAUUGUCUACCCUCAUAACUAACGGUACUCUCAUCAGUUUUUGCAGCUGGCAUGUUAACUUGCUUAGGUGAAACACCUGCGAAUAAACACAAGUAGAAUUUCUUCGCUUUUCUACUGUUCGGGUAAUCUACGACUAAACCACCUGUGAAACCAGCUUUCUGUGCGAUACCCAUAAUGAAGCUCACUUGAUCAUCAGAUUCUGGGUAAAAUUGAAAAAUAGCGCGUGAACCUCUAGAUAAUGAUGCAUAAAGUGAAGUGAAAAACUUAUUAAGACGACUACCAGGAUUAGCGCUACUUGUGUCUGCAUUACAAAGCCAUUGUAAAACUGAUAUAGAUAUAGCACCAUCAAAUGAACCAGGCUUGAAUCCGAAGCCAUUUCCUAUAUCGUGAAGGAGAAGAUCACCUUCUAAGUCCCUCUCAAGUGCUAUUGAUAACAUGGAUGGAGCGAUAUCACAACCGACCCAAUAAUGACCCUCUUCAUCAAGUAUCUCACCUGAAAGACCACUUCCACAUCCUAUAUCGAGCAAGUAACUAGAAUUUGUUGUACACGAGUAUUAGAUGUGUACUUUCCAGCUUCUGUAUCGCCAUAGAAAAGUUCUGGUGGUGCAAUAUGCUCUGGUC